AAAGUCAAAAAUAAGAACAAUACAAAACAAAUAAAAAAUAUUCGUUUUAUUAUUUACUGCGACUGCGAUUAUUUAACGUUCAAGCAUGUCUUCGAACAAAAAGAUAGAAGAAGGAUUAGAGCACAUUAGAAACGCCGAAAAAAGUUUAAAAACUUCUUUGCUCAAGUGGAGACCGGAUUACGAGAAUGCUGCUGAUGAAUAUAACAAAGCAGCAACAUGUUUUCGAAAUGCCAAAUCGUAUGAGCAGUGCAAAGACUGCUUACUAAAAGCAGUAGAAUGUUACAAGCAAAACAAAGCAUUGUUCUAUGCUGCUAAAGCUUUGGAUCAAUGCAUUUUAGUCAGCAAAGAGCUGGGGAAUUUGAAGGACAUUGCUCAAUACGCCGAAAGGGCGGCUAAUAUGUACCAAAAUCAGGGAAACGGCGAGUCGGCGGCCUCAUCUUUAGAUAAAGCAGCCAAAAUUUUAGAAUCCCAAUAUCCCGCUGACGCCCUCAAGUUAUUUCAACACGCCACCGAAAUUGCUAUGAUUCAGGAUAGUACUAGACAGGCCGCAGAGUACAUCAGUAAAGUUUCACGGCUGCACGUGAAGUUACAGCAGUACGAUCUAGCUGCAGAUACGAUAAGGCGAGAACUGGGACUUCAUCAGCAAAACGAAUCAUAUCAAGCGACCGGUCGUUUAACAGUAGCUCUGGUACUAGUUCAAUUAGCAAGAGGAGAUGUGGUCGCUGCAGAGAAGGCUUUUAAAGAAUGGGGUAAUUAUUGCGAAGCCCCAGAAUUACAAACAUUGGAAACGCUGUUGCAAGCGUACGAUGAAGAAGAUCCGGAAAAUGCCAAGAGGGCGUUGAACAGUCCUUUUAUUAAGCACAUGGAUGUGGAAUAUUCGAUACUUGCUAGAGAUAUGCCUUUGCCCGAGGGCACCAUACGCCAGUCCAAAGAGCAUACUAAAGAGAAAAAUGUAGAGGAUUCCGCAGAUGCCGAUUUUUCGGUACCCACCGAUGCAGCAAAUGUGGAAACAGACGAGGAUGAAAAUUCCGGCGGUUUAGGUUUAUGUUAAUGAUAUAGUUCAAUUAACUCUACAGUGUCUUAAUUUGCUCGUCAUUUAAUUGUAUAACUUGUCACAGUUCAGGUAAGCAUACUCGUUCAAAUAUGCACUACAUAUUUUACUUAAAUGUUCUUAAAUUUCAUCGUGCAAUAGGGUAAUAUUACUGUUAUUAAGAGAUAACGUAUUUUAAGAGCAAUUAUUUGCCAUAUGCGUGUAUCUAGAUAUAAUAUAAUGGUCAAAAUUUAGCUCAUUAAUAAUGAUCAAGAUCAACCAUUAAUCAAUCAUUACCCUGUAGUCUAGGAUAGAUUGAUGAAUGCUUAAUGUAUGUUUGUAAAUUUGCAUCAUAAGUAAGGUAUAUUUUUAUGAAUUUAUUUAUACAAUAUUUGUCUUUAAUAUUAUAGCUUAUCUGAAAUCGUAUUUUACAGAAUUAAUUUUUCAAGUCACUAAUUAUAGUAAUAGUGGCAUGUAAGUUAAAAAUUUUAAAUUGUUUUAGAAAUAUUCUAAUCCAGUACCUGUUAUAAUUAAGAAAAAUAUUUGUCUGUCAGUUACUUUCUAUUUAUUCACUGUUAAUAUUCCUCCAUGGAAUUAAGUAUAAAUGUUAAUUCUUAAAUGGGUUGGCAAUGAAAUUUUAGAGUCCUCUCAUUAAAAUUCGAUGAAUCGUGUAAUAAAUAACGCAAGAAUUUUUUGCAUAAUCGUAUAUAAGCUCGUAAAAAAUGUUUUUAAAUAUUAGUGAGAUUUUCUAGUCGUAAGUAUUGAAUGUGUGGAAGAUUUAUACAGGCAUCUUGCAACCGGGGAUCAUAAAAGUGUCCAGUACAAAUUCAUUUAAAAUAACAAAAAAUAUUAGAAAACUUUAAAAGUCUAUGUAAAAGGUCUAACACACAAAUAGAUAUAAAAAGUAAAAAUCUUCCAUUAAUAAUACAUUCUUAAUAGAAAUUUAAUUAAUCUAAUAACAUUCCCUCUUAUUACAUACGGUGCUUCGGUUUAAAUUGUAAUUGUCUAGGCAAUAAAAAUGAAAUAAAAUCCUUUAUUUUUAAUUUCAUAAAAUCGAAUCCAAAAGAGAUCCACAUAAUACCUAUAAC